AUGAAUCAAACACGCACUCCAAGCAACCAUCCCAAAUCAGUUCACUUUCCUCAAAAACGCAUCACGCACAUCAAAAUAACAUCACCUCCAAUUGUUGAACGAGAACAUUCUGCUACAGCGAUGCCAAACACGCAAUUCACCUCUAAAUGUAAGAUUGUAUCAGCAUGCACCACAUGUCUAACCACUAUCCGCCCUAUGUUUUACUCAGAGACCAUGGGGCAUCUCAGGAUCACUCAAGUCCUAACCCUUGGCCUCCAAGAUAAGAAGAGAGAGCAAAAUUCGGUGUGCAAAUGUUUGGAAAAUGGCAACGCUCAACUCUACUUUAUUUGUAAAAUUAAGCAUCAACAAUAUAAAACACUUCCAGAAAGUUUCAAGAACUACAUUCCAAAAAAGAAGAGAGUUGAGCAACAGUUACACAAAUUAGGAAUUGCGCAUAGAUUCAGCGCCGGUAAUUCGGAAAUUGAGAAGUAA